AUGUUCGCAUCGAUCAGAGAAUUUGUUUCUCUCCAGGAGUCCUUCGGGCCCUCCUUCACUGCUCUCUCCUCUGCUGACGACCUCUUCAAGACUGCGGCGACAUUGAACGCAAAGGCGAAGGAUCUCUAUCAAUCGGCUCAGGACACUUACUUCCAGGCAAACCAGCAGGUCGCCUUCGAGCAGUACAAGAGCGGAGUGCAAGUAGGAGUGGGAUCAUUACUUUAA